CACAGAUAUACAGAUUUCUACGUACCCGGAAUCUAAUAGCACCAAUAUUUUUGCACAGAACUCUCACUUACAUGUCCCACAGAAACUCCCGAACAAAUAUCAAAAGGAAAACAUUCAAAGUAGAUGACAUGCUAUCAAAAGUAGAGAAAAUGAAGGGAGAACAAGAAUCUCACAGCUUGUCUGCUCAUUUGCAACUUACGUUUACUGGGUUCUUCCAUAAAAAUGAUAAGCCAUCACAAAACUCAGAGAAUGAACAAAAUUCUGUAACCCUGGAAGUACUGCUUGUGAAAGUUUGCCACAAGAAGCGAAAGGAUGUCAGUUGUCCAAUAAGACAGGUUCCUACAGGUAAAAAGCAGGUGCCUUUAAACCCAGACCUCAGCCAAAUCAAACCAGGCAACUUCCCAUCACUUGCAGUUUCCAGCAAUGAGUUUGAACCAAGCAACAGCCAUAUGGUGAAGUCUUACUCAUUGUUAUUCAGAGUAACUCGCCCAGGAAGAAGAGAAUUUAAUGGACUGAUCAAUGGUGAAACUAAUGAAAACAUUGAUGUCAAUGAGGAGCUUCCAGCUAGAAGAAAAAGAAACUCUUCAAAUCGUGAAGAUGGGGAAAAGACAUUUGUAGCACAAAUGACUGUAUUUGAUAAAAACAGGCGCUUGCAACUUCUGGAUGGGGAAUAUGAAGUGGCCAUGCAAGAAAUGGAAGAGUGUCCCAUUAGCAAGAAAAGAGCAACGUGGGAAACAAUACUUGAUGGAAAGAGAUUGCCUCCAUUUGAAACAUUUUCUCAGGGACCUACACUUCAGUUUACUCUUCGUUGGACAGGAGACACAAAUGAUAAGUCUACAGCUCCUAUAGCUAAACCUCUUGCAACACGAAAUUCUGAAAGCCUCCCUCAAGAAAACAAGCCCAAUUCUGUUAAACCUACUCAGACUAUAGCUGUGAAAGAAUCCUUGCCGGCAGACCUUCAAACAAGAAAAGAGAGAGAUGUUUUAAAUGAACCUCGACAAAAGUUGCGAAUAUUUUACCAGUUCCUUUACAACAACAACACGAGACAGCAGACUGAAGCGCGAGAUGACUUGCAUUGCCCAUGGUGCACACUGAACUGUCGGAAACUGUAUAGUUUACUCAAACAUCUUAAACUUUGCCACAGCAGGUUUAUCUUUAAUUAUGUUUAUCAUCCAAAAGGUGCUAGGAUAGAUGUAUCUAUCAAUGAGUGUUAUGAUGGCUCCUAUGCAGGAAAUCCCCAGGAUAUCCAUCGUCAACCUGGCUUUGCCUUCAGUCGCAAUGGACCAGUCAAAAGAACUCCAAUCACACACAUACUUGUUUGCAGGCCAAAGCGUACGAAAGCAAGUAUGUCAGAAUUUCUUGAAUCUGAAGAUGGAGAAGUAGAACAACAGCGAACAUACAGCAGUGGGCACAAUCGGCUAUAUUUCCACAGUGACACGUGUUUACCUCUCCGUCCACAAGAAAUGGAAGUAGACAGUGAGGAUGAAAAGGACCCUGAAUGGCUACGGGAGAAAACCAUUACUCAAAUUGAAGAAUUUUCUGAUGUUAACGAAGGAGAGAAAGAAGUGAUGAAAUUAUGGAAUCUUCAUGUUAUGAAGCACGGGUUUAUUGCUGACAAUCAAAUGAAUCAUGCCUGUAUGCUGUUUGUUGAAAAUUACGGACAAAAAAUAAUUAAGAAGAACUUGUGUCGAAACUUUAUGCUACACCUGGUCAGCAUGCAUGACUUUAACCUCAUCAGCAUAAUGUCAAUAGACAAAGCUGUUGCCAGACUCCGAGAGAUGCAGCAGAAGUUAGAGAAAGGAGAAUCAACCUCCCCAACAGAUGAGGAAUCUUCUGAGGAACAAAGUGGGACAACAAAUGGAUAUAGUGAAAAUAAUAUGAGAAUUUCAGAAAUGGAUAGCAUCUCAGGUGUCACAAAACAGAGCAAGAAACAAAAGCUCUGAAGUCAAAAGUCAAUUGCCAUUCAACGGACAAGCAUUGAAGUGACAUUCUAGGGUGCAUGAGCUCUAUAAAGAAUUACACGCAAAAAUACAGAUUCCAAACAGGCACUGCUGGAUGGAAAUAAAUGAUUUCAACAAGGAUAUUGUUUUAACAGGGUUUCUAUUCAGUUAAUUAUGCAAGUACUACAUGUAUAUCGGUUUUGGUGAUGUAAUAACAAUAUUCUAAGAGUUUGAGCAUGAAGAGCAAUAUAAAAUCUUUUUGUAAUUUUAGUAAUUAGUGUCUUAAGAACUUUAUGGAAUUUACAUAAUUUAAGUAUAUGUAAAACCGUUUUUAUAUUAAGAUUUUUGCAUCUGUAUCUGGCUGUUUUCCUACCAUGAAGUUGUGAACCAUUGGGGAAAGGGAAUUGGGAUACAGUUUCUGCUUUUCUUAUUUAGAAAUUCUCCAGUUAGCUUUUUGUGAAAAUAAGGUCUCACUAUUUAAAGUUUAACCUUGAUCCUUGUAUUUGAAAUCAUUUAUCAAUUGAUCAUAAAUUAAAAUUAUUAUUAUUUUUUUUUUACACUAAAAUUAUCAAAGUUGGCGAACUUAGCACUUCCUUUGUCUUGUGCCUGUUUGGAAAGAUCUUGGCUUUUCAUGUUACAGACACAGUGAAGUACCACCUUGGCUUUUUGAGGUUACCAGCAGUUUGGUUUUCGUGGAUAAUUCUGAUGUAUUGAUCACCCAGUGUACCAUUUUAAACUUGAACAUUAGCUCCUUUAUAUUUUUAUUACACAUUUACACAGCUACACAAACUAUUUGAUGUAAACCCUUUUUACUGGGGUUCUGCAUCAUAGUGUGCCAUGCUAAAGCCGAGAGUCUAUAGUCAGUAUGUAGGCAUUACGUCGAUUAACUUCAUUUGAAGUUUAUGCCUGCUGUUUUGCCUGAGUACAGACUGCAAGUCCAGGCCAUAGGUUUAGCUUUGGCUUUCGAGAUGCCACUCUUGAGGGAAAAAUGCACUGUAAAAUUGGACCAGAAAAUGUGUUGCACUUCUUAUGCAAGUAUUCUGUGAUGUAUUGUAUUCAAUACAGAUACUAAGAUGCUGACUAAACUAUAUUUGAGCAGUUUUGCACUGCUGUUAACACAUUUUAUGCAUACGUUUACAGAUUUUUUCCAAUGGAAAGUGGUUUCACUACUGGUACAGUAUCAGCACCGAAGGGUUUAUUCCAGCAAGCACUGUGGUUGAGUGACAUCACCUCAAUUUUUUAUUAUCCUUAAAAUAUUGCAUUUUUCAUAUUCUUUAUUUAUAAAGGAACAAUGCUGCUGUAAAUACAGGUAUUUUUAAUUUUUUAUUUCAUUCCAUCACCAUGAGAUGCAGUUCCCUAUUUGUUUAAGGGGUAUAUAAGCUUUCUAAUGGUGUCUUCAGAAAUUUAUAAAAUGUAAAUACUGAUUUUGAUGGUCCUUAAGAUGUGUUUAACUGUGAGACUAUUUAACUAAUGGUGUGGAUGUGAUUUGUCAUCCAGUAUUAAGUUCUUAGUCACUGAUUUUGUGUACAAAAUAGGAAAGAGGGAAACUGCAGCUUUCAUUACAAACUUCUUGAAUUUGCCAGCUCCCUUGAGUUUUAGCAAACUCUAAUUAUGCCUCUGGAUAGUACAUCAAGCAUUUCUCUCUGGCUUUAAUUUGCUAAAGCUGUGCACAUAUGUAAAAAAAUAGAUUAUUUUAGGGGAGAUGUAGUUCUAGAAUUAUUGCUUAUGUCAUUUCUUAAGCAGUUAUGCUCUUAAUGCUUAAAAGAAGGCUAGCAUUGUUUGCACAAAAAGUUGGUGAUCCCCCCAAAAAUAGUAAUGAAAUUACUUCUGUCCAGUAAACUUUGUAUGUCAUGUCAAUUUAUAAUAAAAGCUGAAAAAAUCCCUUUGUUUUCUAUUUAUAAAGAUGCCUUUUCUAUAUGUACCUUUGAUAGAUUUUGAAGAUACCAUGUAAGCUGGUUAAAAAGAAUUUGAAUGGUACAGUAGAUGUAAAUCAAACAAAAAAAAAACCCAACCAACAAAAAAAAAACCAAACAAAAAACCAAAACAAGUUCAGUUGUUUGAAUGAACCAUUGCUUUUACAUUAAAUGUUUUAUUUGACAUGGGCUUUUGUACAUAAAGUUCAGUAAUAUAAAAUCUGCCAUGAUGGUUGUCUAGUCAUUUUGUAUGCAUGCAGAAAGGCCACAAGCAGCACCUUGUAUAAACUCUUCUGCAUGUCUCUUAAAAUUUGGAUACAUGUUCUUCCUUUGCCAGAUCAUUACAAAGGUAGCUAAUUUUCUGUCCAGUCUUUCUGUUACGUUUAAGGUGUCUCUAUAAAUUACCAGGUUUUUAGCUGGAUUAUAAAAACUUUUAAUUCUCCUUUCUUGGGAGUAGAACUGAAUACCUGAGAUAUAUCUAUAAGUUGUGUAUUACUGUUUAGAACUGUAAUUUAUAUAACUGAAAAUGAAACGUAUCACUUGUGAUGUGUCAGUUAUAAAAAUGUGUGUUUUUUUACAGGCAAGUGGGUAAUGUUUCAAACAAAUUUUACAAGAUAGUUUAUUUGGAGUUAGGUUUAAAUCAGUAUAAGUUUAAAAUUGUGUUUCUGUGGGACUGUAGAGGAUGGAUGCUCCAGGUACCACAGAACAAAACAAGGGAUUGCACUGCUUGGCCAAAUAGUGACUGUGGAAUAGCAGACACUGAAAACCUUUUUCCAUGUUAGAAAUAAUCCAGGUACUGAAAUACAGAAUACGGCAGCUAGAUUCUGUAAACUUGAGUUCAGACUGCAGUUGUCCGGAAUGCUUUUGUCUUUAAAAUUGGCAAGGUUCUUCUAAUAUGUUCAUGGCAGAUUUUAAUGAUGUUUUGUAUUUAGUGAUCAUCUUUGACAUGACAGGUCUGUGAACCACAAGUUGGAACCUAACAUGACUUGAAUAUUUAAUUCAGCACAUUAAAUACUAUAUUCAAAAUUGUUAGAUGAAUUUAAGUUGUUAACCUUAAGUGUAUGUUGCUUUGAGUGUGUCUUCAAUGUAGUCCUUGAAUUUUUGGCGGGUGGGAUAAAGAUUCACUGCCUGGAAUAUGAGGCAACUGCAAAUAAUCUGAAUUAUUACUUCACUAAUUACUUUCACCAAAACAAACGCCCCAAACCACAGAACCCUCCCCAACCCAGCAAUUUGAUUUUACUGUUGAGAAUGUAGGUGCCAUUCUGUGAGGACAAUUUUGACAAUAUUGUUCAAAGUUAAGUAUUUCUUAAUUCACAGAACAGAUUGGUGCCAUCAACGACCAGUGCUUGAAUGAAGGUGUUCCUGUUGGACCAGAUCCUGGUUAUAAACCUCACCACUGCGUGGUUUCACAACUGAGAACACAAAGAACUUUGAAUGAAGGAGGUGAGUCUUCCUUCUGUGACUGACAUCUGCUGUUCUUGAGUUGCUUGAUUUGAGACUGAAAAUACACUUUUUAAGAGAAAUACGCAGCAUUUUAUCAUGAAGAAUUACAUAUUUGAGAGAAAGCUACUAUGUUGGCAACCCUACAUUCUGGUUUCACAAGUUAUUUUUCCUUUAAAAGAGACCAAUGAAAUGCGGCAGGCUACAGGUAAAGCAGAACUAAGGGAAUAAAGCUGUGUGUUCAACAUGGACUUUAUUUGAAGGAGAUUAAAUAUCUCUGCUUCUUGCUCAGUAAUAGGGGCCAAUAACUACUGUUGUGUAAGAGUUGCACCAUUUAAUACAACAGUAAGGAGACAGAAACAGUAAAAUAGGGAUAAAGUAGCUGUGAUGGAAUAUUGAGUCAAGACAUUUACAGAUGCUGUAACUAAUUUUUUUAAAAGGAAGGAAAAUUAUUUCUGCAAGAGAUGUUAGUUAAGAUCUGAACUUUACCAGAAAAUAAAGGUAAGCACGCAAGUGGAGAAACCUGAAAAAAUUGUUUGUGACUUCUGAGGGUCAGAAGAUUAAAAAAAUAAAGGAAAAGCUCUUAAAGAUGGCUGCAGUGCUAUAGAAUACAUUCUGUGUUCUUGUUAGAACAGUGAUGCUGAGCUUUGUGCCCCAGUAAAUAAUUUACUAGACCAUACACAGUCAAGGGAUAGAACUUUAUUUUUUUAAAAAAUUCAGAUUUCACUUGACACAAGUCUUAGUUGAGGUAAGUGAAUAUACUAGCUUAAGAAAACAACUUUCAGGAUUGGAUUUCAUAAGCAUUUAACAUGCCAGCAAGGCUCCAAUAGCUAGAGGUGAAAAAUUACAGAGGAAGUGUCAAGUUUUCUAUCUAGCUGAACUCCACUGUGGAAGAACAGAAUUUAAACCUUUGUAAUUCACGUGUCUUCUGAUUCUUUGCACACUUUGUUACUUUAUUACUCAAGUCUCUUGCCCUGAGACUCUUGCCCCCUCCCAGGUUUAAAAGGUGCAGCUGUUAAGAGGUGGCUGAACAGUACCUAAAUUGUAAUUUGGACAGCUAGGCUUAUGCUAAGG